AUGGCUCUUAUCACAGUCUGCAGUUGUCCAAAGAACGGGGCUGCCUUCCACAUCAUCCCGCGAGUGUCCAGCGUGGUGCCGGAGAGCUGCCUCCUGAUCGUGGUGGGUUUGUUGGUGGGAGGAGUCAUCAAAGCCGUCAGAGAAGACCCCCCCGUCCUGGACGAUAAGCUGUUCUUCCUGUACCUGCUGCCCCCCAUCAUCCUGGACGCCGGGUACUUCCUGCCCAUCCGGGCCUUCACCGAGAACCUGGGAACCAUCCUGACCUUCGCCGUGGUCGGGACCCUGUGGAACACCUUCUUCAUCGGCGGGACCAUGUUCGGCGUGUGCCAGGUGGGGGGGGCGCAGCUGCAGAGGGUGGACCUGCUCUCCUGCCUCCUCUUCGGGACCAUCAUCUCGGCCGUGGACCCGGUGGCGGUUCUGGCCGUGUUCGAGGAGAUCCACAUCAACGAGCUGCUGCACAUCCUGGUGUUUGGGGAGUCGCUGCUGAACGACGCCGUCACCGUGGUCCUGUACCAUCUGUUUAAGGAGUUCUCGCUGGAGGGCCGGGUCACGGUGGGGGACGCCCUGCUGGGGGUGGUGUGCUUCUUCAUCGUGGCUCUGGGGGGGGUCCUGGUGGGGGCCAUCUACGGGCUCCUGGGGGCCUUCACCUCACGCUUCACGUCCCACACGCGUGUCAUAGAGCCGCUGUUCGUGUUCCUCUACAGCUACAUGGCCUACCUGUCUGCUGAGGUAUUCCACCUGUCGGGGAUCAUGGCCCUGAUCUCCUGUGGCGUGACCAUGCGGCCGUACGUUGAGGCCAAUAUCUCCCAUAAAUCCUACACGACCAUAAAGUACUUCCUGAAGAUGUGGAGCAGUGUCAGCGAGACCCUGAUCUUCAUCUUUCUGGGCGUGUCCACCGUCGUCGGGCCGCACUCCUGGAACUGGACCUUUGUGAUCGUGACCGUUCUGCUCUGCCUGGUCUCCCGGGUCCUGGGCGUGAUCGGACUCACGUACAUCAUCAAUAAGUUCCGGAUCGUGAAGUUGACCAAGAAGGACCAGUUCAUCGUGGCGUACGGCGGUCUGCGCGGCGCCAUCGCCUUCUCUCUGGGCUUCCUGCUCACGGACAACGACCUCAAACACAUGUUCCUCACGGCCAUCAUCACCGUCAUCUUCUUCACCGUGUUCGUGCAGGGCAUGACCAUCCGGCCGCUGGUGGAGCUGCUCGCCGUGAAGAAGAAGAAGGAAACCAAAGGAUCCAUAAACGAGGAGAUCCACACCCAGUUUCUGGAUCAUCUUCUGACCGGGAUCGAAGACAUCUGUGGUCACUACGGACACCACCACUGGAAAGACAAGUGA